AUGGAUUGUGCUCAGUUGAAAUCUAUCGUUUCCCUUGUGGAUUCUCUUGUACGUAAUACUCAUGUCAGAAGGUCACGUGUGCUGUCAUCAAAUCAAGUUCCUGUUGGUGAACCAUCCUUGGCUCCAGUCUCCAGCAAGUCCCUAACGGACUUCUCAAUCUGCAGUAUCCUGGGUCUAGAACCUGAAAUCACCCAAUCUCCCUCAAGUUCCAGUAAGUUAAGAGUUCCAUUCUUAGAUACUCGAGCCCUUAAUUAGUCGAGAACAUCAUUUGGCAAUUGUAUCAAUACAUUUCCCUUUCGAUAUAAAAUUUUAUCCCGUUGCCUUUCUACUAUUUUAAUCCAUUUCGGAAACAGAAAAAGAGAAAUAUUCAGCUUUGAAACAGGAGAUUUCUGCUGGUUAAAGCUAGCUAGAUAAUACUAUAAUGAAACAAAUUUAAAAUAUCUAUCCAAACCGAAAAUUGUCCUUAGGAAGAGACAUAAAAACAUGUGUCUAUGUUAAUGUUGAAUAUGUGUCUCACACGGCAUUUAAGUAGAUUAAGAGGAAAUAAUACGCGACAUGCGAAAACUUUAAAGUCUAUUCUUCUUUAAUUUACAGAAAACAACAGUGCUACCAGUCCGCCAUUAUCGCCUUACUCCGACUGCGGAAGUCCGCGUCCCAGCCACAGGGCAACCAGUCCACCGUUAACUCCUUACUCUGACAUCACAAGUUCCAGCAGCGAUUUUGACAGUGAGCCCGAUCAAGCUGCGACUCAAACCGAACAUUCAACGAGGAAAAAGCGACAGCGCACGACUUUCUCAACGAUCGAAGUUUGGGAGCUGGAACGAGCAUUCAGACGGCGGCCAUAUUUGCUAAAAGAAGACGAGGAGGAACUGGUACAAAGACUCGGAAUCACGGCUAAAAGUCUGAAGGUGAAUUUCUAUCUUUCACGUUUCCUAUCUUGUACCGUAAAUUUCAAGACACAAAGAACAUUUGUAAUCUAAAAUGAAAUGCAAACUCAGCUCGAUUUUGUUCUUGACUAAGACCCUGUUUACAUGGAGUGGGGGACCCGGUCUAGUGGGGUAAGUUUCUUUUGUUUUGUGUCCCCCAGAGCGUGAAAACAAAAGAAACCAACCCCACUAGACCGGGGUCCCCCACUCCAUGUAAANCCAGUCCGCCAUUAUCGCCUUACUCCGACUGCGGAAGUCCGCGUCCCAGCCACAGGGCAACCAGUCCACCGUUAACUCCUUACUCUGACAUCACAAGUUCCAGCAGCGAUUUUGACAGUGAGCCCGAUCAAGCUGCGACUCAAACCGAACAUUCAACGAGGAAAAAGCGACAGCGCACGACUUUCUCAACGAUCGAAGUUUGGGAGCUGGAACGAGCAUUCAGACGGCGGCCAUAUUUGCUAAAAGAAGACGAGGAGGAACUGGUACAAAGACUCGGAAUCACGGCUAAAAGUCUGAAGGUGAAUUUCUAUCUUUCACGUUUCCUAUCUUGUACCGUAAAUUUCAAGACACAAAGAACAUUUGUAAUCUAAAAUGAAAUGCAAACUCAGCUCGAUUUUGUUCUUGACUAAGACCCUGUUUACAUGGAGUGGGGGACCCGGUCUAGUGGGGUAAGUUUCUUUUGUUUUGUGUCCCCCAGAGCGUGAAAACAAAAGAAACCAACCCCACUAGACCGGGGUCCCCCACUCCAUGUAAACAGGCCCUAAAUCACUUUCAGUUUUGCCGGGAAGUAAGAUAUGUUUAUCGAUUCAAAGCUUGGCAAUUGCAAUGUGAUUUUUCACUCCAGUCAGAAAAUGUUUUGAAUACAAGUACGUAUGUUUUUGUCGGACAGUAGUUGCAUGUAAUCUUGCAAAGUUUUGUUUCAUGUCAGUCAUCGUUCUUUUCUAAACCAUUCAUGUUUUUUAGCAAUUUUGAUUGAAAUUCUUAAUUAAUUGAACACUUCAUAAGGCAAUUUGAACGCUAUUUUGCUGUCAGAAAAUGUUUUGGAAUUACAUACAAGUCAUCAUCGGUUUUGUGUGUUGUGUAGAUUUUCCCUGUUAUUGCCCUAAUUGAGUUAAUAAGUCAGAUUUUUGUUUUCUUUCUUGCAGUAUUGGUUUCAAAACCGACGAGCCAAAUCAAGGAAACUGGAGAGAAAGAUUUCAUCUGUCUGUCAGACAGGCCCGUCAAACCAGUUUGUAAGCCGACCCUAUUCAGUUCAUUGGAAACAAGGCGAGCGAGUGUCCUGUCCAGCGAUGGAAAGCUACUUUAGAGAUAUAAACCAGAGAACAGUUGUCAGUCGUCAACUCUCAGUCAAGUCAAACCUUGUACCGAAGUUCCACCCUGACCGGUUCACCAUCAGACCUGUUGAGCCCGCAAGACUACCGUACAGCCGUGCCCUCUGCAGAUAUCAACCAUACUAA